CCUCCACGGACGUCGCGUCUGCGGGUGCCUGCGCAAGCCGAAGCCCCUGGAUAAUCGAUCCUAUCUCACGAAGCUGUAGAAUUGUAGUCGUUGACGUUGCGGUAAAAUCUAGCGCACUGCGAUCUCGCGAUGCAUCAUGUUGCUCACCGCCUGAGCACAGGUGUCUCAAGAAUCCGAAAGGGUUGAGCUGGAAGGUAUAAAUACAGACCGAAUUACCCAUUUCACCUCCAUCAUCACAUCUACCAUAACACCCUCCAAUUCACUUAACUUCACAUCAAACCUCUUUAUAUUUUCCAACUCCCUCAAAUCUUUCAAAAUGACUUCAGGAAACGUCGCAGGUGGCCACAAGGCAAACCUCAACAACCCUCAGACUUCCGAAGAGUCCAAGCAGCACUCUCGUGAGGUACUUGAGAACAAUGACUUCGACUAUGCCACCAACAACGAUUCCGAGAACAAGAACCCCAACAAUGUUGCUGGUGGCUUGAAGGCAACAUUGAAGAACCCCAAUGUUUCGGACGAGGCUAAGGAGAGCGCAAAGGAGAGGCUGAACGAUAUGUAA